UUAGAAUAAAUCUGGCAAGGGGAAACGAGUCAUAGGCAUUGCAAUUUGGAAUUGAGCAAUUUGGCAACGGUGUUCGAGCUCCCCGAGGAAAAUGGAGGAUCUUGCCGUUGAAGUCCGGGGUGAAAAUGGGGCUUGGUAUAAGGCAUUUGUCACUGAUGUUCAUGAAGAUGAGAUUUCUGUUGCAUUUGAGAAUGAUUGGCAGCCAGAAACAAAGUUUCUAUUUUCAAGGUCCCGCUUACCUCUCAAGGACAGCAAAGGUCCAUUUACAUUUGUAGAAAACCAAGAAAUUGAAGUUUACUCAAAAGCAAAUGAACAGGAAGCAUUUGGUUGGUGGAAAGCUGUUAUUAAGAUGAUCAGAGGAGAGUUUUAUGUCGUGGAAUAUGUUGGCUGGGAGAUGUCAUAUUCGGAAAUAGUACCUGGUGAGAGAAUUCGUCCAUCAAACACCAAUUCACCUUUAACAAAAGCCAACUUUUUCAAAUUUGAAAUUGAGGUGCCUGAAGAACUACGGGAAUAUGCUAAGAGGGAUGGAGUACACAAGGAAUUUCAAAAAGCGAUUGAAGCAGCCGUCUGUCGAUAUGUACCCGAUAAAGGAAUGCUUAGUGUUAUGUCACGGCACGAAUCCAGUCGAAAGCGAGCUGGUCUGUUGCAGGAUAUGCAUUUUCGUAACCUGACGCAAAAAGUGGUGCUGCUCAAAAGAACUGAAGAAGCUGCUAAACAGCUCGAAUGUACAAGAACACAUUCUAGCGGAGGCUUUACGGAGGAGUUCACGGUGAGGGAGGAUUUGAUGGGAUUGGCUAUUGGAGCGCAUGGAGCCAACAUUCAACAAGCUCGAAAGAUUGAUGGGAUAACCAACAUUGAGCUAUUGGAGAAUUCCUGUACCUUUCGUAUACACGGAGAAAUUGAAGAUUCAGUAAGAAAAGCUCGUGGAAUGCUGGAAUAUGGCGAAGAAUCCAUUCAGGUGCCUCGGUUUUUGGUCGGAAAAGUCAUAGGAAAGAACGGGCGUGUCAUUCAAGAGAUUGUCGACAAGAGUAAUGUUGUCCGGGUUAAAAUUGAAGGAGACAACGAACCUAAUCCGACUCAUCCUCGCGAAGAUGGAUUGGUUCCAUUUGUGUUCGUGGGCACAGUGGACUCCAUAGCCAAUGCCAAAGUCCUUCUCGAGUAUCAUCUAGCACAUUUGAAAGAAGUGGAACAAUUACGCAUGGAGAAAUUGGAGAUCGAUCAGCAACUUCGCUCUAUUCACAAUAGCAACCUAACAUCUGCCCCUACCUUCCCACCUCCACGACGCAUUGAUAGGGGGUAUAGUGCUGAACCAGAUAAUGGAGGAAAUCGUGACCGAGGAAACAUGACACGUGGUCGGGGUCGAGGUGGAGGGAGAGGAGCACCUGUCAGCAGUGGUCGUUUUGUGGAAAGAUUUAAUGUGGAAAGAAGUGGGAUUGCAUCAUCGGUGAGGGGUCGAGGAGUAACUCGUGGUCGAGGAGAACGGGCUGAUCGUCUGGAACGAAAUGAGCACGUUGAACGAGGAGAUCGCGACAGCGGUUUUCGAGGUAGAUCAAGAGGAUUCCGACGUGGUUUUGGAGAUCGCAUGAUGGAUUCUGAACGGCGUGGUGAAGAGGAAUCGGCGCCAGAUAGUCAAGAUCUUUCGAGUGCUGCUAGUCUAGACAGGGAUUCCGGCUCAAGCAAUGAAGAAUCAGGACCGGGCCGCCGUCAACGUCGUCGUAGACCACGCAAAGUUGACUCGGAAACAAACGGACGGCCCAACAUUGUGAUGGACAACUCAUCUGGUGGGUCUCGUUUGCAUUCGGCCUUGUCUAGUAAAGAAGGGACACCUGCCGAAUCUACUGCUAAAAAUAUUACACAUGCUGGAUCUUCACAUUCUGCUGCGGCCUCUGGACCUCCUCAUUCGCGUGAUCAACGCAAUAGAUACGACAAACCGAGCGGUAGUCGCAAGCAGAUUGUCGAUACGAAGGCUCACGAAGAACCUAUUAAUGGAACCACAGCUUGAAACUUUCGGGAGAAAUCUAGAGAAAAAAAUGAAAUCGAUUGUACGUGAAAGGUGGCUGUUAAAAGAAGUUGCGUCGAUUGUUUGAGAAAACAGGAAAGGUUGUUUAUUUGCCCUGGAACAAAGUAAAGAAACCCAGAAACGUUCGAUGUCAAACAACACAAGUGGGGUUGACAGUAUAUCUCACGAAAAAAAAAGUAAAAAACACUUUGAGAUCGUAACGGUUCUAAAAAUGAUUCAUCGAUAAAUCUUUACCUCUUUUCAUAAUUACCCUUCGCACCACCACCGAAAUGUGUCCCCAUCCACUUGAAUACACUAUGCUGUGUACUGGA